AUGUUGGCAACAUCCCAAAGUGGGAAAGGUAGUGUGCAACCGGAUCUAUCUAGCUGGGACGAGAACUAUUUUACUGCUGCCGUUGCUACUGCGGAUCAUUCUUCUACCAAACUUGGCGAAGAUGAACGGGGCAACAUUUGCCUGCGCUCUGUGGAGGAAACGAUGACUCAAAUGCUUCUACUCAUCGACCGAUAUAAGCUGGCGCAGUCGCAUCUACGGAAGCAGAACCACGGUACUGUUCCGGCACAGAUCGACCGAGUCGCCUACAAUCGCCACCUUGGUGGCUACUUGGAUCUCGACGUCUACGAGGCCUUGGAGCAGCUCUCGAAGCCGGGCGCGGAAGCGCUACAACCUGCUUCUUCGCGUCUGAGACGACGAAAUUUGAGAUGGACGUCGGCCGAGCUGGAGCUGCUAGCCGACGCGUUGGUCCAGUGUCAGGAGUACGGCUGCUUUAGCGCUCAAGUUUCGCGGAAGUUCUUGUUCCUAGGUGGUGACAAGAGACGCAGUGUGGCAGCAGUUAAGUCGACAACGCGGCUUCUGCGCAACGCGUGGGAGUUUAUUAGUGAGCGGUUUAGCUCUUGGUCGCUGUGGUUCGACAUGUCGCCUGGUCGGCGCCGCGAACUUCAGGUUGAGUGUCGUGUUAAUGCUCGGGGCACUCUGAAGAAUAUGACCCCUGCAAUUUGCCGCAGGCUGGACAACCUUUUCGAAUGGAAUGACCGCGAUUCGGAAGAGGAGGAAGAGGAGUCGGAUUUGAGCGAGGACACUCCAGCCCCCAGUGCGCCACAACAUCCUGCCCUCAGUGACCGAGUGGACGACCAGGAAGCUGCGAGCGUGAGUUCGUCUACUGGUGGCAGACCCGUUUCGUGUGAUCAAGUGGAGUCAGUGGUUCUCCGUGUGUUAAAAGCGUGGGGUCUCAUUCAAGGUGAAGGCUGA